GCUGUAGAUAUGUAGCCUAACAUGAGACGACGAGAGUUUGCCCUGUCCUGGUGGCGCCUCCGCUAUCCGUUUUUGACAUUGCGCCUGAAUUAGCGGAGACCGCCUCGAUCGUUUCACAACCGAAGCUGUACGGCUUGAUCCGGAGCGUCCCUCCGUCCGUGAGCGCUCAGUGGAGCAGUUUCGAGGCAAGCAAGCACUUAAGACUCGACGUGAUCCCAGCCGCGACAAUGGAGGCCAAGAGCGAGGACGACCGCCAGACCAUGCGCAAGCCCGCUUCCAAGGCGCAGGCCGACGAGGCCGACAUCAGCGCGGACGAGUCGGGAGCUCCGACACCCGAGGUCGUGGCGCUCCGUCACGGAUACAACCAGACGUACAUCGUCCGGUCCAGCAAGAACAACCUGCAUGAAGUUCUCUUCCGCUGUGGCAAUUGGUGCUACAGCGGGAAGGUCGACUUGGGCAGCGCCGACCUGGAGCUCGCCGACCUGCCGGUGGUCGUGCCGGCACUGCAGAAGCAGCAGGCGUCGCUGCAGUACCUCUGCGAGUGGAAGGCCAUGCCCGCGACGUCCCAGUACUCGACUCCUCUAGAGACUCUGUACGACGUGUACGACUUCAUCGGCGCUGAGCUCUCGAGCGAGCGCAUUGAGCGCAAACUGAUGAAAGCUGCAGAGGAACACUCGUGGGUGGACGGAGACGACGACAGCAACUCGCGGACCUUCUUCGAGCUGCAGAGCGGCGGCUACGAGUGCUUCGACGGCAUCGACAUCGUGGCGAGCAAGACAUUUGUGCGCGGUCUGGUGCUGCUAGUGAUCUACUACCAACGAAGCUUCUACGUCGUGCUGCAGGCGGCGGACGGCGAGCAGCCGCUCCUGGAUGUUCGCUUCCCGGAUCUGUCCGCCCAUUUGCAGGGCAUCCACUUGCAGACGUACCGCGACGACGACUGCAGCAACAUGAAGAAGCUCACGCUGUGGCAGGCUGCGAAUAUCGGAAAGCAUCAGAGCCCCCCGAAACCACUGAAGGUGCAGUGCAAGGACGUCAGUGGCGCAGGCUACAACCAAACCUUCCUCAUCCACCGUACUCCACGCGCUGAAGGGUCGACAAAUACUCCGAGUUUGCGCGAGGUUCUCUUCCGAUUCGGCAACUGGUGCUACAAUGGCCACGUUGAUCUAGGACCCAAGCUCGAAUUGUCCGACAUUCCGAUCAUCAUCCCCAUGCUGCGACGGCAGCAGAAUGCCCUGGUAAGUAGAUUCGUGGACCCCUUCAUCUUCGCGGCGACCUCACUCAUUGAGCAUUGUUGUGUCGACAGACCUUUAUGUGCGAAGUGUCCAAGAUGCCAGCGACGUCGCUAUUCACCCCGUCGAUGGAGCAUCUAGCCGAAAUCGUGCCGGCAAUGCAGGAGGAAAUGUCCAAGGCAGAGCAAUUCGUGCAAACCUUGGCGCGCACUGGCGGGUCCUUCGUCAACGGAUCAGGGAACGUUGGAAGCUGGCUCGAGGACGAUAACGUCGAGUGCUUCUUCGAGAUUGCUAUGGACAAGUGCGCUGCAUUCCAGGUGGGCUCUCGCUCGUAGUGGACUAUCAGCUAAAAGGUAGUGUGCGACUCACUCAUACGUUGUCCAUUGACCAUCCAGGACGUGGAGGCCAUUGCCAGCAAGAUUCACGUAGGUGGCGUAGUGCUUGUGCUGCUAUAUUACGACUACACGUUCUACGUCUACCUCGAGAAUGGCGAGGAAGAGCAGCCACUCCUAGACACCAACUUCCCGGACGUUUCUCUUCAGAAAGAGGGCAUUCAGCUGAAAACCUACCGCAACGGGGUGCGUGGGUGUGAAGAACUGCGACGCAUUAGUCUCUGGAAGGUUGAAGGCGACUAUGCGGACGAGGAAGAAGAUGCAGCAGCCGUCGACUGCAUCACUUCUCGUAACAAGGGCCAGUUCCGAGCUGAUUCCAAGGAGGAACACCGGCGCGAGGAAGACGUCAAGUCACCGGGAGAUUCAGAUGCAAAGGUGGCGAAGGAGAUGCAGCCACGAAAGUCUGCACUGCCGCACCACGUAGCUCCAUUGAAGCGACCCAGCGGUGCAACCACGACUCUCAAGGGCAUGCCUGAUCUUAAUAUGAAGGCACCAUGGGACGACACCGGGAAACCACUGGGAAUGCGUACGAGCAAGUAACUAAACCGUUGACCGCUAGCGCGACAGUAGUGCGCGCAAAUGAAGCACAACGAUAAGAUCUUGACACUUGAAGUCGUACCGCUUACCGAAUUGAUAAAUCGAACCCCUUCAUAGUUGGCAACUCCGAUAGUAGGAAAUACACUCAGCAUUCAAACCACCCUCCAGUAUUUCAGCUUAUCACGCAACCUCAAAAUUCGCCGUCAGCAACAGUAAGCCAGUCAGGAAUGCUGGUGCCUCCGGAGCUGCUGUACUCUUGCGAGGAAAUCGCCGAUGCCCGCGCGCUUUCGGUCGCCGCAUAGAUGGAACCUCCAACCCACGCUAGCACAUUCCGAGGGAAAUAGGUCUGAACAAGCUGUGCGCGGUCUACAGCAACUGAAGCAGAAGCGAACUCGUUAUCGUGAUGCAGCGACUCGCGAACCUCUGCCAUAAUACGCUGCGGCAAGCCUGGCAAGCAAGACGAAGCAAGAUAAAUUGGUCAGCACAUCGAUCCAUCUCCAAAAUAUCCAAAAUCUAAAUACCUGGAAUCAUUGCGGUUCCUCCAACGAACAGCAGAUUUUCCAGCAUGGCGGCCCUAACGUCAAGCGGGGUUUUCUUUAAAACUUGAACAAUGCCGUCAACAAUUGACGUUCCAUCCGUGCUUUCGUCGCCUGCGCGAGCAUAGGAAACAAGCAUUUAGAGCUAAUUGAUAGAUCGUCAGGGCAACGUAAGCACAGCAUACCUAGUAACAGUUGCUCCACAGCGCCUGUGCGCAGACUUCCGGGGACCUGUCGACCAAGCAAACACAUAACUUCACAAUUACCUUCUGCACAACCCAGGUAUUAUUUUUCUGCAGUCAAACGACCUGCAGAACGUUGUUGUCGUGGGUUUGGAACUUGGCGUCGACAACAUUUGGCAGUGGAUCCUACGAUGAUACCAAGUUACCCGUAAAACCAACUAUCACCACUGCAC